CCCCGCCCCCGCCAACGUCCGCCGGGAUCCGGUACCGCUCCCGGGACAGCGCCUCCGGCAACGCUCCCGCGACUCGGCAGCGCCCCCCAGGACCCGGCACCGCUCUCCGCUCCCCGCUCUGCCUCCGACACCGCGUCCCACCCCCGGGAUCCGGCUCCGUCCGGGGAGCCGGGCGGCCGCCAUGAGCUCGGGGACUCCGUUCCGUGGGCCGUUCGGCCAGGCCACCGCCUUCGGGCAGGCCGGUAGCGGUGCCGCCGCCGCCCCCUCCGGGGUCCCGGUCGCCGGUUUGGCGGCGCCGCUCGGCAGCGCGCAGUUCAGCUUCCGCCCCCCCCGCGACCUGAGCGCCCGCUUCCAGGCGGCGGCGGCGGAGGGUCCCUUGUGGUUCGCGCGGCCCGAGGAGCAGUCCCCGCGCAGGGGGGUGAAGCGCAAGGAGGAGCAGGAGUGCCCCCGUCCCGAGAAGCGCGCCAUGGUGCUGUCGCGGCCCCGCGUCGGGGCGCUCUUCGGCAGCAGCAUGCAGGAGCUGCUGCGCAGCCAGCGCCGCGGGCAGCGGGACCGGCACGACCCCGACCCCGAGCGCCAGCCCGGCCCCGAGCCGCCCGCCGCCCCGCGGGACGCGCCCCGCCACGAUGCCACAGCUGCCCGCCGGGCUCGGGGCAGCGAGAGCGCAGAGGGAUCGGGGGGCCUGAACCCUGCUGAGCUGACCUCCAUCCAGUGCAAGAACGUCCCUGAUCACCUCAACGACAGGACGGUGCUGGAGAAGCACUUCAGGCAGUUUGGGAAGGUCCGACGCGUCCUGACCAGACGCAAUAAAAAAAUGGCUGUUGUCCACUUUUUCGAUCACGCUUCUGCAGCUCUUGCCAGAAAAAAAGCAAAGGAGCUGCACAAAGGCAUCAUAACGUUUUGGCAGAAGAAGAAAACAAGCAAGUCCGUGUUUCCAGAGAAUGACACGCCAAUGGUCUCCAUAGCGGGAAUGUUGCAGCUCCAGAAGUACAAUGGUUCUCUUUGA